AUGAUGCGGUAUACACUAUUACUAAUUAUAACUUGGUACAGCCUGGUGGACUGUAAACCUCUACAUGAUAACCAAGCUGUGGAAUCCAUUAUCAGAAACAGUCUCUCUCAAACCAUGACCGAAAAGGCAGACGCCAUCGACAACCUACUCCGACUUUUGUCGGAAAUCGACCUUCCUUCAAUAUGUAACGCUUUAUCAGCACAGCAGCACGGUGGAAAAGACAAGAUGGCGACGGUGGAUGCUAUAUUAGCCGAGGCAGCCAAAUCACAAGCUAUGACUUUUAUCCCGACCAACUUUCCCGAGACUUCUAAAGUCACCCGACCCGGUACAGCUCUGCUCUUCUCAUUUCAAGCAUCGGGUUUGCUGUGA